AUGUCGGCCCUACAGACCUUCCUACUGGUCGUUGAGCACGACAAGGAAGAGGCCAAGCGCAUCGCGGAAGGUGUCGCUCAAGAUGUGGAAGCCAAGAAAACAACCCUGAUUGAGAUUGUCCAGCAGCUCGGCGAAUACAUCAAUGAUGAAGACCCAAUUAUCCGCGGAAAGGCCGUUUCUUUCCUUACCGCUGUGAUCAAGGCCCUGCCACCCCGCUUCUUGUCAAGACAGCAGAUACAGGUUUUAACCACGUUCUUCGGCGACCGAAUUGAAGAUGGGGGUGCUGUGACGGGUUUGGAGCAUUUGCAAGCGCUAGAUCGCUUCACGGUCGAGUUGGCAACAGAAACUGCACAAGCUCUAUUUCGCAACUUCCAGGACUUGCAGUCUCGCUCGCAGACUCAGAGGUUUCACAUGGGCGAUGAAUCUCUCGUUGGUGUCGUGGAUCUGAUGACAGGCGAAAAAGAUCCUCGAAAUCUGAUGAUCGUCUUCUCUAUCCUCAAAGUAGUUAUGAUGGAAUGGGAUAUCAGCAACCAUGCCGAGCUCUUAUUUGAUUCGGUCUAUAACUAUUUCCCAAUCACAUUCAGGCCGCCACCGAAUGAUCCAUAUGGAAUCACCGCGCAAGACUUGAAGGAUCGUCUUCAAGAGUGCAUCUCCGCAUCCCGGCACCUUGCUCCACACGCCAUCCCUGCGUUGUUGGACAAGCUGGACUCCACCUCUCCUAACGUCAAGAAAGAUGCUCUUAAUUGUCUGAUCGCGUGCAUCCACUCUUACGACCCGGACACCGUCUCGCGAUUCUCUAUCACGAUCUGGGAUGUUUUGAAGUUUGAAAUCCUUAAUGCCCAAGAGGAAUUUUUAUCAGACUUAUCUCUCGACGCUCUCAAAGGUAUUACUCAGCGCCUCUCAGAAGGAGUAUCAGAGGUUUCGCAAGAACUACCCUUGGCGCAGUUCCUUAAAUCUAUCACGAAGGAAUGCAAUGAGCAAUUACAAGAGCCCCAGCAAAGGCAAGCCAAGCCCGCACAGCAGAUCCUUAGCUCCGUUUCAUCUGCUUCGUGCGUGGCAUUUGUACUUGUGGUACAGACUGUUGUCGCCCCGAUCUUCACAAUAUACCAAGAAGCGGAUGGAAUCGCUAAGCAGAGAGCUCUCCUUGAGACUUUAUCUGUGCUAUUUCAAUCCGCGGUUGACUUGUUUGGCCUAUGGACUACUCGUAAGAGUGAGGUCAGCAUUGAGAAUCCAUUGAUCGAAUUCAAGGACCAGUUCUCCGACGUCCUGGGCCAGGCCUUAAUGGGCUCUGCAAAGGAAGAGUUCACCUUCCGGACCACUGCUUUGAAGGCCUUUCUUCGUCUUUCAGUCUUGCGAGAUUUUUUCCAAGAUAAUGAAAUUGGUCUGUUUGUCCAGUAUCUUGAUGAUAUCUUACUCAAGGAGGAAUCCUCUGGACGAGGCGACCUGAAAAAAGAAGCCAUUUCCGCACUUGCCGAAAUCUCCAAACACAAACCUCGCUUGAUCAUCGAUAUCACAUUUCCAGCGUUUGUGGCGACUUUGCCAGACGAAGACGAUGGAACAAAUAAGAAUUAUCUGCCAACGCUCGACACGUUGGCUCAAAUUAGUGUCGAACGAGAUAUCUUUGAAACUUUGUUCCGCCGUCUCUUCGGCAAACUAUCGAUCCUCUUGCAGAAAGAACAGCCCGGCUCUCCGGCGUACCCUCGGGCUAUCCUGAUGACCCUUCUUUACGUGAUGCGACAGAGAAAGAUGGAUUCAGACCCCAGCGUGGAUCUAUACUUCGACAAGAUUGUUGUUGGUCUUUCACAGAGUGUCGCCGAAACAGCCUCAGGACAGGGUAGAAACCAAAUUCUGAGUGAUCCUACUGUCCUCGAUACGCUUGGUCGGCUGUGCAACCUUUUGAGGCAGCAACAAGUGGCCGAAAAUGUCUACAGUCUUUUUUCACCUGCAGACAACUUUAUACCAGUACCAUUCUCUCAAGGUGUGACGGCUGAUCAAGAACGCACGAUCAUCAUUUCUACAUAUCUACUUGCAGGUCUGUCGAAGGAUUGCGUUGCUCAUAUUCCUUACACAUCUCCGGAUAUGUCUGCUCUACUCUUGGAUUUGGUACAGCGUGCUGUAUCCGAGAGCGCCGAGCCUGCUACACAUCUCGCUUACCUUCGUCAUGUGGCCCUGCUUGCCAACAAAUUCCUGUCGAAGCAAGACCUUCCCAUUGCGGAAAAGCUAUUCGAUUCUUUGGUCUCAUCAGACCAACAGACCAUUAGCCCAGAAAAAAUUCGAGUCAUCUUCUGGCUGGCGAAAGCUCUUGUUCUUCGCCUUGCCCUUACGACCACUCAUAUCUUGAACUCGCUUCUUGAUCUUCUCUCAUCUUCCGACUUCAAAACCAGCAAUGCCACUGCGCGUGGAUUUGCUAUUCUACUGGGUGAAGACGAUGUUGUUUCUGCUACAAAUGGAGCGUCUAUUCGUCUGUUGUUCAAGCAGCGCGUCUUCACAACAGUCAUCCCACUUAUCUCUUCCCGAAUCCGCGAUGUUAACAUCACUGGCAGCGAAGGUCAAGCAGCCGACCACAUCAAACCGGCUCACCUUACCGCGCUUGCUGGUAUACUGUCAACUAUUCCUCCGGAUCUCGUGAUGCCCGAACUUCCUACGUUAUUACCACUCCUCCUUCAAUCCCUCGAUCUCCAAACAUCCGAUUCCGUGGCAGUCCGUGCCGCAACACUCGACACUCUCAGUGUUAUCAUUCGUGAAAACGGUGUUGCUGUGAUUGAAAAGUGUGGCCACGUUCACAGUCUCGUUCAAAGGCUUCUCAAGACCACCGAGUUGAAGACAUCCACCGGAGCGGUCAACACCCCUCGUCUACGUGUAGAGUCCCUCAAAUGCCUCCAUCUUCUGGCUACCAAGCAAAUCCCAGAUGCUGCGCAGAAUACCAGCAUCCCUGCUUCGAUUUCUCCGCUUCUUCCAGAGAAGGCUCUUGUUCUGCGCUCCCUGCGCGCUGUGCUGGAUGAUCCCAAGCGGGACGUCCGUAAAGCAGCAGUGGAUGCUCGGGGUGCCUGGUUGCGAAGUGUCGACGAUGCCCCCGAGGAGGAGGACUGA